AUAAAAGUAAGGGUAAAACCAAACCAGACAGCAGCAACACCAGUACCACAGCUCAAGUAUGACCACCACCGGCAUGAACAUGGGCAAGAUCACCUUCUACGAGGAGAAGAACUUCCAGGGUCGCUCCUAUGAGUGCAUGAGCGACUGCUCCGACAUGUCCUCCUACAUGAGCAGGUGCCAGUCCUGCAGGGUGGAUAGCGGCUGCUUCAUGGUCUACGAGAAGAACAACUACAUGGGCCAGCAGUUCUUCAUGAGGAGGGGAGAGUACAACGACAUGCACCGCAUGCAGAGCAUGGGAAUGAUGUUUGACAACAUCAGGUCCUGCAGGAUGAUCCCCUUCCACAGAGGCCAGUUCAGGAUGAAGAUCUACGAGAGGGAGAACUUCGGUGGUCAGUCCAAUGAGAUGAUGGACGACUGUGACAACAUCCAGGAGCGUUACCGCAUGUCCGACUGCCAGUCCUGCAACGUGAUGGACGGCCACUGGCUGAUGUACGAGCAGCCCCACUACAAGGGCAGGAUGAUGUACAUGAGGCCCGGAGAGUACAGGAGCUUCAGGGAUAUGGGCAUGAGCGGCCAGAGGUUCAUGAGCAUGAGGCGUAUCACUGACAUGUGUUAGAAAUGUAACAUCUGUAAUUAAAAUCUAAUUUAAUUCAAA